ACUUCUCAUAUCUUCUCUAUUAGAAAAUGGCUGCUUCUCUAUUCUUGAAAGAAAACCUUGCUUACCUGAGAAACAACAUGGUUAAACAAAUUGUGAGAUGGCUAAAGCAGCCAAAGGUAUGGAGAUUUGUGAGUUUUACAUCAUCUUUUAUUGGCUUCCUCUGUUAUGCUCUAAGUUCUUCCUUCAACCAUCUAUUUGGAAACUGGAACUUGUUAAAGAUUUUUCUGUACACUGUUUUCAGUUUCAUUAUUUGCCUUGCCAUCUUUUUUGCAAACAAAUGGCAAAACUCACCAAGUCUCAGGCUUAGAGCUCAUUUGGUAUUCUCUAUUUUCACAAUAACAACAGUUUACUCCUUUUUCUUUGAUAAAGCUAACGGAAAACCAGAUGUGUACAGUUUGGUUUCCGGUGCCGCUUUUGCUAUCAUGUCACUUGGUUUGUCAAAGCAGAGGUCACUUUGGUUUCGAAGUUGAUCUUUUAUAUUUUUUUGCGGAUAUCUAAUUUUACAACUCAUGAAGAUAAAGUUCAUUUUGGUCAUUGAUGGGGUGUGUUUCAGUUAUCCCCUCAUCAUUCUUCGCUUUUAUUUGCAUGCCCCUACAGAACAGUCUGAAGAAUUAACCAAUGCUGCUGAUUAUCAUGCUAUUCAAGUGGAUGCUUCCCAAGUCAAUUUUGAUAGUCUUGUUGCUCUUGACUUGACUUUUGAUGCUCUACACGAAAACGGGGAUCUUCGACUUCAACAGGAAGACUCUUUAGUCGUGGUUAAUCAAAUCAACUCACUUUCACAACAAGACAAUAGUGAUGAUAAUGAUCAUAAUAGACUCGUCUUAUACAGAAAGCCGCUAGCUCGGAUGAAUCUUAUUAACCAAGAAACCUCUCAUAUCUUGAUUGUUGUACCACAGCAUACCGACUACCGUAUCAGCUGCCUGGAGGACUUUAAAAACAUGAUUCACAAAAUUCUGGACGUUGAUGGGUUUUCGAUUGAGCCGACCAGCGAGUUGGUCCAAAUCAUGGAAGCAAAUUAUGAAAUUUUUAAAAUGAAUCUUUCAGCCAGAGCUUUAUAUACUUUCGAUUUUCUCAAUCUAAAAAUUUCACCAAUCUCUAGGGUUUCCUUGUUAGAAAAUAAAAUAAAAAUACCAAGGGUUCCUUCACUGGGCAUCCGCCAACGUAGAGGAUCCAAACUUAGGAGUCAACAACUCAAAGAAAUGAUUGAUGCAAUGGAGAAUAAUGAUGUCGUUCGAGACAAUUACAAAGAGAGGCUUCUAGAAUACCAUAAGUAUUUAUAGAAAUGGUUCUAGUUUUGAAAGAAGAUUGGCAACUCUCAUUUAAUCCAUAGGGUGUAAUAAUUAGUUGUUUGUCGGGGAGCAAUAAUGGAGUCAUGGACAAUUGCAAGAAUUGUUGAAGACAUGGUAAAGUCAUUAGAAGUUAAGAGUCUCUAAUUUGUGUCUGAAAAAUAUACAACACUUGUCCUUAAAAAAUGUAUGAUAUUUGUAAUUGAUAUUGUAUUUUUAAAUUCUCUUUUAUGUAA